AUGAAAGGUGUUUUUGGAGUUAUGGUGUUUCAAUUCUUCUUUAUUACGAUAUCUUUAGCCAGUCGCGAAAGUUUAACAAAUAUCGGAGCGAUGAGAAAAGUUCCAAGAGGUCCAAACAAUAUGACAUCUCCACCUACCCCACCAGCUUAUAGAAAAACCACUGAAAUAAAGAGAGUGUCUCCAGGAGGUCCUGAUAAUGCUACAUCUCCAUCUAGUCCACCACCUUUUGCAAAAAAUAUUGAAAUAAAGCAUUUGGUUCCAAGAGGUCCAAACAAUCAAACAUCUCCACCUUCACCACCAGCUUUUACUACAGAUAUUGAAAUAAAGAGAGUUUCUCCAGGAGGUCCAGACAAUGCUACAUCUCCAUCUAACCCACCACACUCUGUAACAAAUAUUGAAAUGAAGCAUUUGGUUCCAAGAGGUCCAAACAAUCAAACAUCUCCACCUUCGCCACCAGCUUUUUAA